UUGUCCGAACACGGAAAGCCGGUCCGUAUCGGUAACGCCAAAUCUUUAUGUUAUAUGUUAUAGAAGAACGAUUAUUUUAUGGUUGGAUCAGGUUAAGAAUGCAUUAAGUCAUGGAGUCUCUCCACGGGGUGCUGAAGGCUUUCCCCAAAGUGAAGCGCCCCAAGGGGGAGGAGAGAGAGGGUCCGCCGCUGAAGAGAGGAUCCUCAGAAAAACCCUCCGGGAGCUUAUUCACAGGGGUCACAGCGUUCAUCCUCCCGGCCGGCAUCGGGAACGCCAGGUGUCAGAUCUUCCAGAGACAAAUCCUCCAGAAUGGAGGAAACACGGAGAAGUCCCUGGGUUCGGCCGUAACUCAUGUAGUGGUGGAGGACAGCAUGGAGAGCGAUCGCGCCCUCCGCCUGCUGAAGAGGGAACGCCUGCCCCCUGGUGUCGGGCUGGUGAAGUGCAGCUGGUUGAGCGCCUGUAUAACCGCCAAACAGCUGCUGGACACCGGCUGUUUUAGUCUGCUCAUCUCCAAUAGAAAGUCCAACGUACCACAAGUAACGGUACCGGAGGAGUCGUCCAACGGCCCUCAUGAGAAACAGAACCCGGUGGAGCCGGCGCUCACAUCCAGAGAACCAACUGAGGAAACGGCACCCAAAAGCCAAAGUGCAGAGGUCAACGAUGAAGACAGCGUGUCCCAGAAGCUCCUGGAGGCCCUGCUGACCGGCCGCCCCCCCGAAGAGGAGGCCGCGGACCCCCCCCCGCCCCAGACCUCCGACCAACACGCGGCGGCGUCCAGCAAGUGGGUCUGCGCCCGCUCGUCUGAGUCCAAGAGCAACAACUUCAACCAGCACAUCACGGACAAGCUGGAGGUGUUGGCCAAGGCCUACAGCCACCAGGGCGACCGCUGGAGGGCCCUGAGCUACUCCAAGGCUGUCAGCGCCCUCCAGAGCUACCACAAGCCCGUCACGUCCUACCAGGAGGCCUGUCAGAUCUCAGGCAUCGGCAAACGCAUGGCGGACAAGAUCGAUGAGAUCAUGGAGAGCGGGCAUCUGCGGAAACUGGACCACAUGGGGGAGGCGGUCCCCGUCCUGGAGCUGUUCAGCAACAUCUGGGGGGCCGGGGCCAAGACCGCCCAGCUGUGGUACCAGCAGGGUUUUCGCACUUUGGAGGACAUUCGCACGAAGGCCGUACUCAGCACUACUCAGAAGAUCGGACUGAAGCACUACGAUGACCUCCUGGACCGCAUGCCCCGGGAAGAGGCUGGGGCCAUCGAAGAGCUGGUGAGGGAGGCGGUCCUGGCCAUAGACCCCGCCCUCCUGGCCAUGGCGUGCGGGUCGUACCGCCGGGGGAAGGCGACGUGCGGCGACGUGGACGUGCUGAUCACCCACCCGGACGGGCGCUCCCACCGGGGGGUCUUCAGCCGGCUGCUGCAGAGCCUCCACCACAGUGGGUUCUUGACAGACGACCUGGUGAGCAGCGAGGACAACGGGCAGCAGAAGAAGUACAUGGGCGUGUGCCGGCUGCCGGGGCCCGGCCGGCGCCACCGCCGGCUGGACGUCAUCGUGGUGCCGUACGGCGAGUACGCCUGCGCCGUCACCUACUUCACCGGCUCGGCGCACUUCAACCGCUCGCUGCGAGCGCUGGCCAAGACCAAGAGCAUGAGCCUAUCGGAGCACUCGCUGAACCAGGGCGUGGUGCGCCGGGGCAGCGUCAAGGUGCACGCCGGCACGCCGGUCGCCACGGCAACGGAGGAGGAGGUGUUCAGCCGGCUGGGCGUCCCGUACAGGGAGCCGCACCAGAGGGACUGGUAGGGGGGCCCCUGGAAGGACUGGGAGGGGCCCCCUGGAGGGACUGGGAGGGGCCCCUAGAGGGACUGGGAGG